CUGCAGAGCGGGGGGAGCGAAAGGAAGAGAAAGGGAAGACGAGAUCGCCGGCUCUAACCCGGCUCAGGCAGCUGAGCUUGGGAGCCGGCUGAGAAGUGUUUUUUUUUUCUUUUCUUUUUUCCCCAAGGCAAAUGGCUGGCGUAGAGGCAUAACCCGUCUUCACUCUUGUGCUUGGUUCUUCUCUUGCACCUUGGGACUCGGGAUCGUCAUGCUGUGAUGUGUGCCGAGGGAGAAAUUGGUAAGAAGUACCUACAUAACCUGGAUCUUACCGCGUUUUGGACAUGACUGAGCCCCUUCAAUGGGCCAGGUAUCACUGGCAGAGGCUGAUGGGCGGUACAAACAGGACCGAUGACGACAGGCCGUACAACUAUUCCUCUCUACUUACCUGCGGAGCCAAGUCCUCUCAGACCCCCAGACUGGCAGGAAAGCACCGGGUUGUUGUUCCCCACCUCCAGCCCUUCAAGGAAGAGUAUGAAAAGUUCUCUGGAACCUACGUGAAUAACCGAAUACGAACGACAAAGUACACGCUUCUGAAUUUUGUGCCAAGAAAUUUAUUUGAACAAUUUCACAGAGCCGCCAAUUUAUAUUUCCUGUUUUUAGUCGUGCUGAACUGGGUGCCUUUGGUAGAAGCCUUCCAAAAGGAAAUUACGAUGCUGCCGCUGGUGGUGGUCCUUACAAUUAUCGCAAUUAAAGAUGGCUUGGAAGACUACCGAAAAUAUAAAAUUGACAAGCAGAUCAACAAUUUAGUAACUAAAGUUUACAGUAGGAAAGAGAAAAAAUAUAUUGACUGCUGCUGGAAAGAUGUUACUGUUGGGGACUUUAUUCGUCUUUCCUGUAACGAGGUCAUUCCUGCAGAUAUGGUCUUACUGUUUUCCACUGAUCCAGAUGGAAUCUGUCAUAUUGAGACUUCUGGUCUUGACGGAGAGAGCAAUUUAAAACAGAGGCAGGUGGUUCGGGGAUAUGCAGAGCAGGACUCUGAAGUAGAUCCCGAGAAAUUCUCCAGUAGGAUAGAAUGUGAAAGUCCAAACAAUGACCUGAACAGAUUCCGAGGCUUCCUAGAACAUUCCAACAAAGAACGCGUGGGUCUCAGUAAAGAAAAUGUAUUACUUAGAGGAUGCACCAUUAGAAACACAGAGGCUGUUGUGGGCAUUGUGGUUUAUGCAGGCCAUGAAACCAAAGCAAUGCUGAACAACAGCGGUCCAAGGUAUAAGCGCAGCAAAUUAGAAAGAAGAGCAAAUACAGAUGUCCUCUGGUGUGUCCUGCUUUUGGCUGUAAUGUGUUUAACUGGUGCAUUGGGUCAUGGAAUCUGGCUGAGUAGAUAUGAGAACAUACUAUUUUUUAAUAUCCCUGAGGCUGAUGGACAUGUCAUAUCACCAGUGUUGGCAGGAUUCUAUAUGUUCUGGACCAUGAUCAUUUUGUUACAGGUCUUGAUCCCCAUUUCUCUCUAUGUUUCCAUUGAAAUUGUGAAGCUUGGACAAAUAUAUUUUAUUCAAAGUGAUGUGGAUUUCUACAAUGAGAAAAUGGAUUCUACUGUGCAGUGCCGAGCCCUGAACAUCACCGAGGAUCUUGGACAGAUUCAGUAUCUCUUUUCUGAUAAAACAGGGACCCUCACAGAGAAUAAGAUGGUUUUUCGAAGAUGUAGUGUGGCAGGCUUUGAUUACUGCCAUGAAGAAAAUGCCAAGAGGUUAGAGUCCUAUCAGGAAGCUGUCUCUGAAGAUGAGGAGUUUGCAGACGCUCCCAGUGGCUCCCUCAGCAAUAUGGCAAAACUGAAGGCUCCCAGCUGCAGGACGGUUCAUAAUGGGCCUUUGGGAAGUAAACCUUCGAAUCCACUUGCUGGGAGCUGUUCUGCUCUAGGAAGUGGAGACGGAGCCAGUGAAGUGCUUCAUUCCAGACAGGCUGCUUUCAGUAGCCCCAUUGAAACAGAUGUGAUACCAGACACCAGGCUUUUGGAUAAAUUUAGUCAAAUAACAUCUCAGCUGUUUACCUCACUAGAUGAGACCAUCCCAGAUCCACCAAUGGAGACUUUGUACAUUAUCGACUUCUUUAUUGCGUUGGCAAUUUGCAACACAGUAGUGGUUUCUGCUCCUAACCAACCACGACAGAAGAUCAGACUCUCUACACUGAGUGGACUGCCAACUAAGUCUUUGGAAGAGAUUAAAAACCUCUUCCAGAGGUUGUCUGUCCGAAGAUCAAGUUCACCAUCUCUUGCCAGUGGGAAAGAACCAUCUUCUGGGGUCCCCAACACCUUUGUUAGCAGACUAUCUCUCUUCAGUCGAAUGAAGCUGUCUUCAUCUGUGGAGGAAGAGUGCCCACAGACAGGCGAGAGCCCCCAGAGUUCUGGUAACUCAGCUUGCCCUACAGACACAGAGAAACAAAACGGUGAUGCAGGCGUCACAAAUGCCAAGGUGGAUUCCCUCCCUGGACAGCCCUUGGCCUCGAACCUGUGUUAUGAGGCCGAGAGCCCAGAUGAAGCGGCCUUAGUGUAUGCCGCCAAGGCUUACCGAUGCACUUUACAGUCCCGGACACCAGAGCAGGUCAUGGUGGACUUUGCAGCUUUGGGACCCUUAACAUUUCAACUCCUACACAUCCUGCCCUUCGACUCAGUAAGAAAAAGAAUGUCCGUGGUGGUCCGCCACCCGCUUUCCAACCAAGUUGUGGUGUAUACAAAGGGUGCUGAUUCUGUCAUCAUGGAAUUGCUCUCCGUGGCUUCCCUAGAUGGAGCGAGUCUGGAAAAACAACAGAUGAUAAUAAGGGAGAAAACCCAGAAACACUUGGAUGACUAUGCCAAACGAGGCCUACGCACUUUAUGUAUAGCAAAGAAGGUCAUGAGUGACACUGAAUAUGCAGAGUGGCUGAGGAAUCAUUUUUUAGCUGAAACCAGCAUUGACAACAGGGAAGAAUUACUACUUGAAUCUGCCAUGAGAUUGGAGAACAAACUAACUUUACUUGGUGCUACUGGCAUUGAAGACCGUCUGCAGGAGGGAGUUCCCGAAGCUAUAGAAGCCCUUCACAAAGCUGGCAUCAAGAUCUGGAUGCUGACAGGGGACAAGCAGGAGACAGCUGUCAACAUAGCUUAUGCGUGCAAACUACUGGAGCCAGAUGACAAGCUCUUUAUCCUCAAUACCCAAAAUAAAGAUGCCUGUGAGAUGCUGAUGGGCACAAUUUUGAAAGAACUUCAGAAGAAGAAUCCAGCCUCCCCAGAGCAAGAAUCAUUAAGUGAGGAUUUAUACCUGCCUUCUGCCUCCCAGGAUUCAGGGCAGCGGGCUGGACUCAUUAUCACUGGGAAGACCCUGGAAUUUGCCCUGCAGGAGAGUCUGCAGAGUAGGUUCCUGGAGCUGACGGCUUGCUGUCAAGCUGUGGUCUGCUGCCGAGCCACACCCCUGCAGAAAAGCAAGGUGGUGAAAUUGGUCCGCAACCAUCUCCGGGUGAUGACCCUGGCCAUUGGUGAUGGUGCCAAUGACGUUAGCAUGAUACAAGUGGCAGACAUUGGGAUAGGGAUCUCAGGACAAGAAGGCAUGCAGGCUGUGAUGGCCAGUGACUUCGCCAUCUCUCAAUUUAGACACCUCAGCAAGCUCCUCCUUGUCCACGGGCACUGGUGUUAUACACGGCUUUCCAACAUGAUUCUCUACUUUUUCUACAAGAACGUGGCCUAUGUGAACCUCCUUUUCUGGUACCAGUUCUUUUGUGGAUUUUCAGGAACAUCCAUGACUGACUAUUGGGUUUUGAUCUUCUUCAACCUCCUUUUCACAUCUGCCCCACCCGUCAUUUAUGGUGUUUUGGAGAAAGAUGUGUCUGCAGAGACCCUUAUGCAACUGCCUGAACUUUACAAGAGUGGUCAGAAAUCAGAGGCAUACUUACCUCUCACCUUCUGGAUCACCUUGUUGGAUGCCUUUUAUCAAAGCCUGGCCUGCUUCUUUGUGCCUUACUACACCUACCAGGGCUCAGACAUUGACAUCUUUACAUUUGGAAACCCCCUGAACACAGCAGCUCUGUUCAUCAUUCUCCUGCAUCUGGUAAUGGAAAGCAAGAGUUUGACUUGGAUUCACAUGCUGGUCAUCGUUGGUAGCAUCUUGUCUUAUUUUUUCUUCACCUUGGCCUUUGGAGCCAUGUGUGUGACUUGCAACCCACCAUCCAACCCCUACUGGAUUAUGCAAGAACACAUGCUGGAUCCGGUGUUCUACUUAGUUUGUGUCCUCACAACCUGCAUUGCUCUUCUUCCCAGGUUUAUGUACCGAGUUCUUCAGGGAUCCCUGUUUCCGUCUCCAAUUCUGAGGGCUAAGCACUUUGACAGACUGACUUCAGAGGAGAGGAUUGAAGCCCUCAAGAAGUGGAGAGGAACUGGAAGGAUGGGUCAAGAGACAACUAAGUAUGCUGACCACUCAGCUGCCAAGUCAGAAAGAAGACCCAUGUCUGGCUCUUCUGAUGUCUUUGCAAUGACGUCAGCAACUUCUUGUGCUGUUGAGCAAGGAGACUUACCUGUAUGUGAAACUGUGUUAGACUCAGACUACCCUGAAGCUAAGACCUCAGGAAUAGCUGGACCCUCAAAGUGUUAAAAGAGCAGGAUACCCUCUUUGGAGUUGCAAGUAUUUCUUCAAGUUUGGGAGAGGGAUUUUGAAGAAGCACCUUUACCAAGCAAGAAUGAUUUGGAUUUUUCUUUAAAGGGCAUGAACAUUUGGCUUGGAAAAGCUAAUGAGAUAACCUUUAUUGUAUGUUUAUAGAUACAUUUGUAAAAGAGAAUAGAGUUUGACCUGGACAGAGUUUGGGGAAGUGAAAUAUUUAAUUAAUCAAAUGCUUUUAUGAAACUUUUUGGAUUUUAUAAAAGUAUUUUAGUUGUCUUAGGUAUAUAAACAUUUUCAAGGGAAUUCAUUUGAGAUAUAUUUAUUUUACUGUGAGAUCUCAUUUUCCAGAGAAAUGCUUUAAAUGAGCAGACUUCGGUCUGAUUUUUUUAUUAUUAUUAUUAAGAAAAAAAAACACCCUUGUUUCAGUUUGCUUAGUUAGAACUCUAGGAGAUUUCAACAUGAAAAAAAAUGUUAUAAAUUGCUAAUUUCCAGAGGAAAAAAAUCCCAUGAGCCUUUUAAACAACAAGGUAACUAAACUAGGAUAAUAUAGUUACUGAGUAUUAAUAGCUUUUUUAAUUUCCUAUGGGAAGAUGCCUUUGGUCUUAUGACUGAAGACGCUAGGCAUACCUCUCUGCUCAUUUCAGUGUUCUCCUGAGGUGGAGCCUUAUUGGGGAGGGGCAGCGUUCUGUCAGGUAAUGGAGAGGUGUUCCUCUUUCAGCUUCCAGUCAAAGGGGUCCCUUUCUUGAGCUCUGCCUCUGUGCGGGUGUUAAUUGGGAACACCGGCCAUAGCUAAGGCAGGCAGAAUCAGCUGAGCCUAUAGCCCGUUUGGCAAUUUCCUGUCCUCUAAACCUCAUCAGAAUGAGACAAUCGAUUUCAAAACAAUCUUCAGGAGACCAUUUGAGGGUUUCCUAGUCUUUACAAUGCUGUACAACUUUACUGGUGUUAUAACCUCUAAAAAUGAGAUAUUAUAAAUUGAGACUACUACAGGUGGUUCGCAGGAGGAUUCUUAGAAAAAUUUGUUUUUUAAUAUAUUUUAGGACAAGAAUGUCAAUAGCAGGUUAACUGCUAUUGCAAAUCAUGUAUGCUGGCUUUAGUUGGAAUAAAAACUGGUUUAUACCAAGUAAGACCAGGUGUUAUUAUCAAAUGAUUAUGCAUUCUGGUUGAGCUCUUUUAAAAUUCUGUAUCUGUUCAUCUGAAAAUUGUCAACCAGCAAUCACCCAGAAUUUCCGUCAUGAAACCUCCAUGCUAAUGUUCCAAGUCCUAUAUAUAUCAAGGUUGUCUUAAUGACAAUCAAACUGUUACUCUCAUGGCUUGACCUUCUGCCUGCUGCCUACUGUCCUGGUCUGACAUUGUAGCCUUCUGAUGUUACUGCAAAUCGUCUUUUUUUUCCUUCUUUCUUUUUUUUCUUUUUCUUUUUCAAAUCGUCUUUUAUACAGACCCAUUUCAAAAACUUUCAAAACCUCACAUGGCUAAUGGAAGUGCUUUCUGC